ACAAUUCGAAGGGCAUGAACCUUUGAUAGAUGAAAUGUCUCAUAUCCAAAAAAAACUCACACAAGUCACGAUGGAACCUACGAUCACUAAUAUGAUAUCUUUAUUUGAUUACAUUUUGGACUUCAAUAUUUUAGAAAUUGGUCUCAAUAAUGCAGUUAAAUGUUCUGAGGCUACGAUAAUACGACCAAUUUCCAAUCCUGCUCCAGCGCCUCCGAAAGAUUUUCAGUCCCAAUUUCCUCUCACAAUUAACGUUGAAGCGGAAGUGAACAACGUGGAUGAUGCAAGCACAUUGGCUGUUCAGAUAAUCUUGCCCGAUCAAACUAUUCAACAUUUUAGACCGUCAUCAGCUGACUUGGUAGCGACACAGCCAAAUAAUUAUCAGUUAAAAACCCGAAUUGAUAUUUCUCUAAGCGCUUGGACAGGCCCGUCUUAUAUCCAACUCAAAAUAGUUCGUGACUUUCAGCCUGAUAUUCCUGACUUAGAUAAGCAUAUAAUGCAGACAGAAAGUACAUUGGACCUUUCAGAUGCAAUUAAAUUUUACAUAUGGCCAAAAGAUUCGUCUAAUUGG